UCGAGCACGCGUGAUGUAGCGUUAUCAAGCCCGCGUGCUGAUGUAUAGCAUGAGCAAGACGGAUUACACGUGUCGCACUCUUGCUAUCAUGUCCAGUCAUGUGACCUUUUCUGUUUCGUUAUAAAACUAACGACACCAAGCAAUAAAGCGUUCUUUGAUCUGCCACUACCCGCCGGCUACGUUCCGUUACUUCAGUGGCGACGAGGGUGGGACAGGACCGGCUGCACGAUGACGUCCAGGCCACCUGAGUUCGACGACACCACCAGUAGCUGGAACACUUACCGGGUCCGUUUGGAAGCCUUUUUUGAGGGCCACAGCAUCACAGAUCCCGGGAAACAGCGUGCGCUUCUUGUGUCAGCACUAAGUGACAACGUGGUUCGCGUACUUCAAGGCCAGUGCCAGUCAGAAUCGGUGAACCACCUGAGCUAUGAGGCCGUCGUACAGCACCUGGACAACCACUUCGAUCCCCAAGUCAACGAGAUAGCAGCAAGCUAUGCUUUUUUCAUGCGGAAUCAAGCGGAAAGCGAAAAGGUACGGGACUACAUAACCGACCUGAGACGUCUUGCAAAAGAUUGCAGUUUCGACAAGUUUUUGGAUCGCAUGUUGAGGGAUCGGAUUGUCUGCGGAAUCCGUGAUGAACAAGCUCGACGACACAUGUUGUCUCAGAAGAAGUUGACCUUGGCAGAGGCCGAAGCUUUCGCUCUAGCAGCGGAAACCGCAGAAACAAAUGUCCGGGCUAUGCAGGAGAGGAGGUUCAACGACAACGGUGCUGCGAACUUCAUACAGAAGCACAGGAUAAAUCCGCAGAAGUCCGGACGUGGACAUGGAUCCAUGACCGAGGCUACGCAAUGCCCGAGAUGUGGCUCGAUUCAUGUUUCGGAAGUGUGCAGACACAAGAAAGCGACGUGCUACAAGUGCGGCAGGAAGGGACACCUGGCAAGGAUGUGCUCUAGUGGUCGCGCUAACCCCUCAGGCACGUACGCUGUGAAAGAGCUAGACGGCAGUGACGAAAGCGGAGAAGAAAUGCUCUACGCUUUGGUGACUCACAGCUACAGUAGUAACGAGUCCGCACGGCCAUUCGAAAGGGAUUUCAUCUGGGAAGGCCGAAAACUGCGCAUGUUGGUGGAUACAGGAUCCACUAUCAGCGUAAUUCCAAGGACGGUAUUCGAAAACCAUCGCGGAUGGUGGCCGACACUGGAGAAAACUUCACUGCGGCUGACAUGCUUCCUGGGGCCUCUACCGGUCCUUGGCCGAGUGGCCAUGAAAGUCGAAUGCAAUAAUACGCAAGUAGACAGCUCGCUGGUGGUAGUGGAUUGCGACGGGCCUCUGUUGUGCGGCCGGAACACCAUCCAAGCCUUUCGGAGUGCUGGCAUACCGCUACUGGAAGAAUGCGCGCCGCAGAGCGUAAAUGUGGUUCACUGCGACGCAGCGACAGCGAAACUUUUGGCUAAAUUUCCAGAAAUUUUCGAGGAGAAGUUGGGGUGCUGCAAGGGGCCGCCCGUGAAACUACACAAAAAGGAGGCCGCUGUACCACGCUUUCUCAAGGCUCGACCAGUGCCGUACGCGCUUCGGGAAAAGGUGUCUGCCGAAAUUGACCGCCAAGUACAGGAGGGAGUGCUUUCACCAGUGAGAGUUUCCGAGUGGGCUACGCCCGUCGUGCCCGUAGUGAAGCGAAACGGUGAUAUUAGACUGUGCGGCGACUUCAAGCUAACCGUUAAUCAGGCGACACAUCUGGAACAGUACCCGUUACCGAAAAUUGAGGACAUCUUCGCAUCUUUGUACGGGGGGGAGUUGUUCACCACUUUGGAUUUGCGGCAUGCGUAUAAUCAACUUCCACUGGACGACGAGGCACGAGAAAUGGCCGUGUUGAACACGCACAAAGGGUUGUUUGCAUACAACCGCCUCGCGUUCGGAAUUGCAUCGGCUCCGGCUUUGUUCCAGCGCCGCCUCGAGUCCGUUCUGCAAGGCCUGCCGCGCGUCAAGGUGUACUUGGAUGACAUCAUUAUAGCCGAAAAGCAGAACGACAACUCAACUCUCCGGCAAGUCUUCGAGCGGCUGCGCGACAAUGGACUCAAGUUGAACCGUGUCAAAUGCAGGUUCCGCGAGAAGCAAGUUUCGUUUCUGGGCCACAAGAUCGACGCAACUGGCCUGCACCCUCCUGAGAAUAUGGAAGCCAUCACCGACGCACCAAGGCCGGAGACGGUGAGCCAGCUAAAAUCCUUUUUGGGAUUGCUCACUUAUUACGCCAAGUUUUUACCUAACCUUGCAACCACGUUAGUCCCACUCUAUAGGCUGCUGGCUAAAGGAGUUCGAUGGCAAUGGCAAGCCGAACACGAGAAAGCCUUCCAGGCAGCCAAGCGAGCUAUGGUGGCAGCGGAACUACUCGUGCACUACGACCCCGAAAAGCCGUUGCGGCUUGAAUGCGAUGCCUCGCCAGUUGGAGUUGGCGCGGUGCUGUCACACCGAAUUGGGAAUACAGACUAUCCCAUAUCGUUCCGUUCGAGGGCACUGACACCUGCUGAGCGGAAUUACUCGCAAUUGGAGAAAGAAGCAUCGGCUUUGGUGUUCGGCGUUACUAAGUUUAGAGAUUACCUGUUGGCGAAGCAUUUUACUCUGGUGACGGAUCACAAACCAUUGACAGGACUGUUUCACCCGGACAGGCCGAUACCGCAAAUGGCAGCAGCGAGAAUUCAACGAUGGGCAUUGCUACUGUCGGCUUACCAUUAUGACCUCGAGUACCGCCAAGGACAGCUAAAUGCUAACGCAGACGCUCUCAGUCGCCUUCCACUGCCGUGCUUAGGUGACCGAGGAGGGCAAGAACCCAUGGAAUAGGUGCUUUAUACGCGGAGCCUAAAUUCCAUGACCCUUUCCGCUCAGCACUUAGCGGAACUGAGCCGAUCGGACGAUACGCUGCAUCAGAUCAGGGGGUGGAUCACACAUGGCUGGCCGCGGCAGUUAUCGGUAGCACAGCAACACCUGAUGCCGUACUUUUCUCGCCGUAACGAGCUCACGGCCUGUCACGAUCUGCUUUACUGGGGCCAUCGAGUAGUGCUGCCAGACGCGGCGCGACGAUGCAUGCUAAAGGAACUGCACGAAAGUCACCCCGGUAUCAGUGCCAUGAAGCGCACAGCGCGAGCGCUUUUUUGGUAUCCUGGACUAGAUAGGGACAUCGAAGUGUUGGUUAAGAGCUGCCCUCAGUGUAUACAAUGUUGGCCCAUGCCGGCUGCGGAAGUUCCGUCUCCAUGGCCGGCGAGCAACAAACCAUGGUACAGGUUGCAUAUGGACUUCGCGGGCCCCAUCAGUGGCUUCCAAGUUUUUGUGUUGGUGGAUGCCGAGACGAAGUGGAUUGAGGCCAUACCUUUGAAGACCGCCACAGCGGAAACGACCAUUCAAGUACUUCAAGGAAAGCCACGUGAAACACAUCAGAACAGCCCCAUACCAUCCUCAGUCAAAUGGUUUGGCGGAACGGGCUGUACGGACAGUAAAGGAAGGGCUUCGGAAGAAUCCGGCAGGUACAUUGCAGGAGCGACUAAUCAAGUUUUUAUUUCGUUAUAGAACGACACCAUUGGAAGGGGGAAAAUCGCCCGCCGAACUGCUGUUGGGCUUCCGUCCCCGAACCAGGCUGACAGCUUCACUGACAGACAAAAAGGUGGCAGAAAAUGAUUGUUCCGGUGAACCUGUUCUAGGAGCAGCAACAACACCAACACGGUAUCAACCUGGCAGGCAAGUAUGGUCACGCCAGUUUCAGUCUGCUCGGAAGUGGAUGCCGGCGACAGUAGUGUCCACGACGGGAGCACGCAUGGUUACAUUGGAAACACCGGAGGGACCGCAGCGGCGCCACGUAGACCAACUCCGGCCACGGCUCGGCACAGGGUCGUCACCUAGCAAGCCGAGCGAAGUCCACACCGGCGACGAAGCUCAGUGUAGCGCCGAGCGGGCCGCAGCUCAUGAAGGUUCGGACGCACGGGUUGUCGGCUCUCAAGCCGAAGACCAACAGCCACCACGUCGUUCGACUCGCCUACGGAAGCCCCCAGACCGUCUCACUUACUCCAGCUUAGGGGGAAGGGAUGUAGUGUUAUCGAGCACGCGUGAUGUAGCGUUAUCAAGCCCGCGUGCUGAUGUAUAGCAUGAGCAAGACGGAUUACACGUGUCGCACUCUUGCUAUCAUGUCCAGUCAUGUGACCUUUUCUGUUUCGUUAUAAAACUAACGACACCAAGCAAUAAAGCGUUCUUUGAUCUGCCACUACCCGCCGGCU